AAAGUCACCCCAGUGACACGAUGACGACGAUCGCCAGCAUUGCCGUACGCAGUUCACGGCUGUCAAGUGCCAUCGUCGGUGCGUUUGGAGGCAAGUCUACCAGCUGGAUACAUCCACAGGCUGUUUCUUCUAGAAGAUUCAUUUCCAACUCCACCGUCAAAGCGAUGCGUUUCGUUCAGUUCCGUACGGCUGCCACCGGUGAGAAGCAGCGGCUCGGUGUCUUAUCGGAGGAUGGCACCCAGGUGUCCGACAUCUCCGACCGAUAUGAAGGUGACCUGAUAACGCUCAUCCGCUCGGGCGCUUCGCUUGACGAGGUGAAAGCGUCGGCCGCGAAAGCUGCCCCGCUCAAGGUGGAUAGCGUCGAGCUGCUCGCACCGGUUACCAAUCCGCAGAAGAUUCUGUGCGUCGGGCUGAACUACAGCGGGCACUGCGAGGAGCAGAACAAACCGAUCCCGAAGGAGCCGAUGUUUUUCAGCAAGUAUGCGACAACAAUCGUCGGACCGCAUGAUGACGUGAUCGCGCACAAGAUAUCCGAUCAAAUCGAUUGGGAAGUGGAGCUGGCGGUCAUCAUCGGCAAGAAGGCGAAAAGUGUGGCCAAAGCGAACGCAAUGGACUACGUGUUCGGGUACACCGUGGCGCAGGACAUUUCCGCACGCGAUUGGCAGAAGCAGCGCAACGGUGGCCAGUUUCUGAUCGGCAAAUCGAUGGAUACGUUCUGUCCGCUGGGUCCGGCUGCCGUGCACAAGUCGCUGGUGAAGGAUCCACACCAGCUGGCGAUCAAGUGCAGCGUGAACGGGGUCGAGAAGCAGAACGGUAGCACGAGUGAGCUGAUCUUCCGCAUUGACGACAUCAUUGCACGGGUUACUGAAUCCAUUACACUGCUGCCUGGGGAUGUCAUUCUGACGGGAACGCCGGCCGGUGUCGGUAUGCAUCGCAAGCCGGCCGAGUUUUUGAAGCCAGGUGACGUUAUCGACAGUGAGAUUGAGGGUCUCGGCAAAAUCAAGAACAAGGUCGUUGCCGAUUCCUAAAACGAGAGGGAGAAAGGAAUAGGAAGAACAAUUGACCACCCCAGGAAAGGAGCGACAGUUUGCCAUUUUACGGGUUCGUUUGGCCGUUGGGACAAGGAAGAGCAAUACAAAUAUUUACAAUUUAUACUUCAUUUCAAAUGGAGCAAACCUAAA